CCUUUUUCAAGGCGACACAUAACAAUCUCAACAAUAUGGCUACUGUAUAAGCGAUAAUAGUGAGGUUUAGAUGGUCUAUAUAUAAACUAAAAUCAGUGUAGGGUCUGUGUCUUUGUGUGGCAAACGUUCAUAUUUAUAUGAGCUUCCGCUAAAAAAAAAAAAAAAGCUAAACACUGCUGUCACAUCGGAGACACGGUUCAUUGGGUUGCAGCUAACGUAACUUUAGCUAGAAUGCUAACAUGAUGCUUAACCCAUCAGGCGGGUCACUAGAUGGCCGAAAAUCCAUGUAUAGUGAGUCACAAAAUAACACAUACAAAAGUGGGGAUAAAACCAGCCCUAUUAGCGUCAUACUGGUGAGCUCUGGCAGCAGAGGGAACAAACUUCUAUUUCGGUACCCCUUCCAACGAGUCGCUGACUGUCCGUCAUCUCUUACAGGGAAACAGCGGAAUCCGUAUGCACUGAACACAGCUGGUGAAGUUGUUGAAGACCAAGAUGGUGAUUCAAGAGAGCAAACUCCUCUAACUGAUGAACAGUUGGUAGCAGGGUUCUCAGACAUCAUCCUGGCCACCAUCCUGGCCACCAAGUCUGACAUGUGUGGAAAGAAGUUUGAACUGAAAAUUGACAAUGUUCGAUUUGUGGGUCACCCUACCCUCCUUCAGCAUCCUCCCAUCAUCCAGGUCUCCAAAGCAGAUCCUUCACCUAAAAGAGAAAUGCCUACGAUGAUCUUGUUUAAUGUGGUGUUUGCACUAAGGGCAAAUGCUGACCCAUCUGUCAUCAGCUGCAUGCAUAACUUGUCUCGGCGCAUUGCUAUAGCCCUGCAGCACGAGGAGCGCCGCUGCCACUACCUGACCAGAGAAGCCAAACUGAUGCUGGCUGUCCAAGAUGAGAUUACCACGAUGACUGAGACAGAUGGAAUCCCCCAGUCCCCAUUUAGGCAAAUUCUUCCUAAAUGUAAGCUUGCAAGGGAUCUGAAGGAGGCUUAUGACAGCCUUUGUACAACUGGUGUGGUGCGACUACAUAUUAACAACUGGCUAGAGGUGAGCUUCUGUUUACCACAUAAGAUCCACAGGAUUGGUGGCAACUAUAUCCCCCCAGAGGCAUUAGAACGGAGUUUGAAGGCCAUAAGGCCAUAUCAUGCUCUGCUGCUACUGGAAAAUGAAAAGGCAUUACUUAACCAGCUUCCAUUGGACUGCUCACCUGCGAUGGUGCGGCUAAUAAAAACCUGUUCAGCAGUGAAAAACCUGCAGCAGCUUGCACAGGAUGCUGACCUGGCCUUACUUCAGAUCUUUCAAAUUGCUGCUCACUUGGUUUAUUGGGGCAAGGCAAUCAUCAUCUACCCACUUUGUGAGAAUAAUGUCUACAUGUUGUCUCCUCAUGCCAACAUCUGCCUAUACUCUUCACCGGCUGAGCAGUUUGCCCAGCAGUUUUCUGGUCAUGAUUUGCCCUCCAUGUUGGCCAAGUUCUCACUGCCUGUCUCACUGUCAGAGUUUAGAAACCCCCUUGAAGCACCUGCACAGGAGGCCCAGUUGAUCCAGAUGGUGGUUUGGAUGCUCCAGCAUCGUCUGCUUAUCCAACUGCACACCUAUGUUUGCCUUUUGGUACCACCCAGUGAGGAUGAGCCUGGACUGAAAGAUGAAGAACUUCCACUAGCUGCACGAGUGGGAGGCCGGAGUCUCAGCACUCCAAGUGCUCUUAGUUUUGGUUCACCAACCAGCAGUGAUGACAUGACCUUAACCAGUCCCAGUAUGGACAACUCCAGUGCAGAGCUGCUGCCUGGUGGAGACUCCCCACUCAACAAAAGGAUGACAGAAACACUGCUUACAAGCCUGUCAGAGCACGAAAGGCAGGUUAUUCUCAACAUACCUGCCGCGCAAAAUCCAGAGGAUCUGCGAAUGUUUGCCAGGUUGCUGCACUAUUUCCGGGGACAUCACCACCUGGAAGAAAUUAUGUUCAAUGAAAACAUGAGGAGAUCGCAGCUAAAGACGCUGUUUGACAAGUUCCGAAGUGUCCUUGUUGUGACCAAUCAUGAAGAUCCCAUUAUUUCCAUCUUUCAGUCACCCAUGGAGUAGUGACACAUAGACAGCAUCAACACUCAGUGACUGGAAAACGUGCCAGCUUAAAAGCAGUUGCUCACAGCUAAGUGCACUUGCUCAAAGAUGCUGUUUUACAACAGACUGGCAUGACUACAUAAAUGUGUGCAAAUUUACAAAAUGUAGAAACUAUUUUCUUCCUGAGCAAAAUAAUUGUUUACAGUAUUAAAUUAUUUUUUACAUACCG